AAUAGCCUUGUGUCCAAUCUAACCGUUUGCGGGAUUCCUCUACAGCGAGUGUUUCAUGCAGCUUUAGCUCACGAGUGCUUUCGUCGAAACGACGGUUUACCAUAGAAUCUCCUUCACUCUAAACAUAUCCAACUUUAGAACCAUGUUUCGCAUCAUGGUACCAUUGUACCUAAAUAGAAGAUUACAGUUGCUUCGUGUAAAAGAGUAAACGUUCCCGUAACAAUGUGAGGUCGGAUCCUGAUUUUGCGUCCUACCGUUGGUCGAUAUCUCUUGACGCAAGGAAACGAAGCGGCCAUUCUUAAUAAGCGGUUGAUAUUAUGUUUUGCCAAAAGCCGAUGUAUAGCCACAUGGUAUAUGCAAGCAGAUAGCCAACGCAAAUAAAUCAAGGUACAAAUGGACCAUGGGCAGGGCGACCACGUUUGGUCGCCAGACACCACUGAUCAGAUGAUCGCAUCCCCGUCUAAUUACUUCUGUCCGAAAAAAGAGAGGUGUCCGUGGGUACGAUUGCAGGUGAUUGAGUAUCAAAUAAAAACGUGCGUACUAAGGUCUCAAAUUUACGAAGAAAGGGCCAUCACACUUCGAAAGCAGCUUGAUACCUUCGGCAAGUUACCACAGUGUAUAAACGAGGCUCAGCGAAGGCUGUUUGUCGAACAACAUCGAACGUUCAACCAAAAAUUGCAACGACACAACGAUAUGAUUAGAUGGAUGCAGGAUUGCAUACUUCAGUUGCUCGAGAGGCAACGAAGAUUGAUUGAAAGAGCAGAUGAGCACGGGUUUUGUAUCGGAUUCGAUGCGACAAGAGACGAGGAGGCGACUCGUUGUGGACCUAACUGUACUGCCGUUGAGCAUAUGAGGUUCCUUUAACAUUCGAUAUUCAAAUUUAACAAUAAGAAAGCUGAGAUGAGGCCGGUAAAGCUCGAACGAAGGAUGUGGCCCGUGUUUUAUUAUGUUUCUUAAAAAUAGUCGACCCGAAAUAAAAACUGAAUAAAACAAAGGACGAAGAUCAAAUUGUUCCGAUUCAGAAAUGGAACGUACGCCCCCGUUGUGUAACGGCUCAACCCUAUGGAGCUUAUAUGCGUUGAAGGCUUAUAAAUUUAAGACCCAACCUGCAAUAAGUAUAAAAGCCGAGGUUACGAUUAAGAAGACGUAACGUUCAAUUUUUAGUUGUUAUCGAGCAGACACGUUAUUACACUCUUGUGUCAAAGUAGUGUUAAUUCGAUUCACUGGGCAAGCUAAACCAUGGCUAAAGCUCUUAGCUGGACAUACAUCCAAUAUCGAACCUAUUAAAUGCGUCAGGGCAUCAGCAUCGUCAGCCUUAUAUUGUACUACAACAAAGGUAUAGUCGAGCUGAAACCUCGCUAAGGAGUUUAUCAUGCCGUUCUUUUGGGUCCGGAAUCAUUACUUCAGAUCAUUCAGCGGGUAUGUAUCGCUUGUGUGAGAGGAUAAAAGGUUGUCCGAAAAGUACCGAUGGCGAUCAAACAAAAGGCAUCAAGGAUCAGAAGCAUCGGAAUAGAAGAUGUCAUGAUUAAGAUGAUAUCAACAUAUUAAUAUGGAGACGUAAGGCCAGAUCUGCGAAAGAACGAAGUGAGCGAGGACGUUACACCACUAUGUCCGAAAUACGUGGAAUGAAGUUCCAAAGAAACUAAAUGAAAAUGGUAUAUAACCUACGAAGUAGUCGAUAAUCUAUAAGAGCGGCAGAAGGCGCGAUGUAACAACGAUGUCGCAAGAUUCCAACGAAUGAAAGGAAUAGCAAUGCAUUGAAAACUACUCAGUUGGCUCAGGGUACGCGAUCUAAAAGUUGAUACCAGGAAUACGCUCUAUGAAAUAUUUCAUGCGUUUUUUUCUAUAAUUAAGGUAUGAAAUCGUGAAGAUAGGUGGAAACACAUUAUGCAAGGAGUAUUUGACAAUUAAAAAGUAAAAAAUGUUUAUUGAUUACCGAAAAUAUUACGAGAUGAUGUCAUGUAUAGAACACCAACAAGCUUCCAGUAUUUAGCAAGUCAGAUUUUAACGCUGGUUAAUGUCUACCAAGUGAAGCAAAAUACCGAAGAAUGGUGAAAUACAAGCUUCCAAGCUGCAUCAAAACGACAAUGUCUGUAUGAAGAUGCUUAGUUAAAGUUGGGAAAGAGCUUUUCAAACUUUUUGUACGCAGUAGUAGUGGAAUAAACAUAAAAUACUGCGCGAUUAUUAAGGCAGCGCUAAUGAAUUGUGCGCUAUAACUUCCGGAUAGUGGUUUUUGUUAUGAGUUUCCUAAUUACGGAUAGACCGCUGUGUGUACUAUUUAUCAUAGUAGUAUCAGCUAUAGCAUAGUGUAUGACGAUAUACGGUCGAACGUUUCUAAAAGUUAGCGAAACUUUGAUUAUCUAAGAUGAAAUUGCAAAAAAAAAAAUACAAGAAAGUUGGUAAUAAGUAUACCCAUGGCAGUGGAUAGUGAAGCCUUAGCCCAGAAACUAGGAAGGGGUAAGCGCUUACCAUACUGCAUUAGGUUGGAUCUGUGUAGUCUAUAGAUCGGUCUAAGGUUAAAGGGUCGUCCAAUGAAGAAAGGUGCACAAUACCAUUAAAUAUAUAAACAUUUUUAGAUUAUAAAGCCUAUGUUAGGCUAUCAGUUAUGAAUAAAA